AUGGAGUGUCUGAUUCUACGCAACAUUACCACAAGCCUGCCUACGGUUACAAUACCGAAAAACAAUUGUUUUAUUCCCGAGGGCAUUGAUCUUGCGGAUCCUGAUUACAAUGUGUCGCGGAGAAUUGAUCUGAUAAUCGGAGCUGAACAUUUCUAUACUUUUCUAAAGGGUGGCCUGAUGAAUUUGGGUGAAUCGUCACCUACACUUCUGGAAAGCGUGUUUGGCUGGCUGGUGUCAGGAAAAUCAUCGUAUGCUCCAAUUCCCCACCCUCCGCUAUGUCGUAUUUCCACACUAGAAUCGCUCGAUAGGAACAUAGAGAAGUUUUGGCGAAUCGAAGAGGUAGAUACGAAAGUUCUUUCCCUGAUUGAACAACACUGUGAGAACUUCUACAAAAGCACUGUGUCCAGAGAUCCCUCUGGUCGGUAUGUGGUCAAAUACCCUAAAAAGGAUAGAUUUUCUCAUAUGCUGGGCGAAUCUUAUACCAAUGCUGUACGACGGUUGGAAGGUCUCGAAAUAAAGCUGGAGCGGAAUGAGUUGCUGAAGGAGAGGUACCACACUUUUAUGUCAGAGUUCGUUAACCUUGGUCACAUGCGUGAGAUUUCCCUAGAUGAAGAAGCAUCUUCCGUGGCCUGUUUUCUCCCACAUCACCCAGUUGUAAAAGAAGCGAGUAUGGCCACGAAGGUCCGUGGCGUGUUCGAUGCUUCAGCGAAAACUAGUACAGAUUACUCCCUUAAUGAUGGAUUGCUAGCAGGUCCUGUGUUACAAGAUGAACUGUAUCUGAUUAUUCUCCAAUUCCGAAGGUAUAAAGUAGUUUUAUUGGCGAACAUCGAAAAGAUGUACCGCAUGGUUCGUAUCCAUCCAGAUGAUCAGCCUCUUCAAUGCGUACUGUUUCGCUUCAGUAAAGUUGCUCCUAUAACCAAGUACGUCCUCACUACAGUGACAUAUGGAUUGUCUCCAUCGUCGUUUCUAGCAACGCGUACUGUCCAUCAGCUUGCCGAAGACGAAGGAAGUUCGUUUCCUCUCGCUGCUGAUGCCUUGAAGCAAGAUUUUUACAUGAACGAUUUCAUCCGAGGAGAAAAUUCCGUUGAUUCGGCGAUUCACUUACGACGGCAAAUGACUGAGUUACUUCAUCGUGAAGGCUUUCGGUUGAGAAAAUUGUGUUCCAAUUUCCAAGCGGUCCUUGAUAGCGUUCCCGAGGAGGAUUUAGUUGCUCAGUCCAAUCGUACAUUCGACCCUGACGAGACGAUUAAGACAUUGGGACUCAGCUGGGAGCCAUUGACUGAUCAGUUUCGUUUCGACAUGAAUAUAGGAAUGCAGCAGAGCAAGAUCACAAAGCGCAUAAUACUGUCGGAGAUUUCUCGUUUGUAUGAACCACUCGGAUACAGUUGA